AUGGGCUACGAUAAUAUUCUUAAAAAUGCCGUAGACAACGAAGGAAAAACUGCUUUACAUUAUGCAGCUAUAAAUGAUAAUAUCGAAGUUUUAGAUAAACUGAUCUAUUCUCCCGGCCGCAAUAUUAAUGCUGCUGACAACGAAGGAAAAACUGCCCUACACUAUGCAGCUAUAAAUGACAAUUCUGAAGUUGUAAAUGCUCUGAUCUAUUCUGAAGGCUGUGAUGUUAAUGCUGCUGACAAGGAUGGAAAAACUGCCCUACACUAUGCAGCUAUAAAUGAAAAUUAUCACGCUGCAAAUGCUCUGAUCCAUUCUGAUGACUGUGAUAUUGAUGCUGUUGACAACGAAGGAAAAACGGCUUCACACUACGCAGCUAUAAAUGAAGAUGAUUCCAUCAUAGAUUUGCUGACUGAUUUAGGUUAUCGCUGCGAUUGGGAUUUAUCUGAUGAUGAGGGAAAACUUCCUCUUCACUAUGCAGUAAUAAGUGGUAAUAUUGCAAUUGCGAAAAAGAUCAAAAAAUCCACUUGUUCUUUUCCACACCAUGAUAACAAUUUUAAGAGUCCUCUUCAUUAUGCAGCCAACGAUUAUAGAAUGUUCUUUACACUAUGUACUCGUAGAUAUUAUGAUGGACAUACAUCGGUAUACGAUCGUAAUCCAUAUACAUUAGAAGAUGCCUUGGAAUGCUAUGAUGAGGCUGCGCAGAGCAUAAAAUAUGAUAUUGCUGCGUGGGAGGGUGGUAUGUAG